AUGAAGAGAUAUUUUAAAAAAGUAUCGAGACCAAAGGAGACUUCAUCUUCUACGAAGAACAAUGUUGAUAGUGAAAGCUCAAAGAAAGAUGAACUUGAAGCAAUUUUGGAUAAUCUUCCUUCAGACCCUGCACGUCGAAAGCGUAUCUUGGAUUAUGAUCCAAAUAUUCGUGAUGAAGUUCAACGCCAUUAUUUUCUCAAGGGUCCUUGUCAGCCUCGAAACCAUGAGUUUCCCCAAACAUUAAUAAGUGGAACAAAACGACGUUUUGUCCCUUCUUGGUUUGAUGAACAUCCUGAAUGGUUAGAGUAUAGCAUAGAAAAUGAUGCUGUGUUUUGUCUCUGUUGUUAUCUCUUUAAACCACAUCAUGGUGACCAAGGAGGCGGUGAUAAAUUUACCUGCAAAGGCUUCUUUAAUUGGAAGAAUAAAAAAGGACUUCAAGAUCAUGUUGAAGGUUUGGGUAGUGUUCACAACCAAGCUUUACUAAAUUGCCAAGCUCUAAUGAAUCAGAAACAACAUCUUGAGUCAGUUAUUAGUCGUCAAUUGGAAUCCUCUAAGCAUAACUAUUACACUCUCUUGAAUGCUUCAAUUGAUUGUGUUCGUUUCUUGUUGCGGCAAGGUCUUGCUUUUCGUGGUCAUGAUGAAUCUGAAUCCUCUAACAACAGAGGAAACUUUCUUGAACUUCUAGAAUUUCUUACUGAACAUAAUGACAGUGUGAAGGCUGUUGCCUUUGAAAAUGCUCCUAGAAAUCUACAGUUAACAUCACCUGUUAUACAGAAAGAUAUUAUAAAUGCAGGUGCAGUUGAAACUCUUAAUGUAAUCAUGUUUGAUAUGGGUGAUGCACCAUUCUCUAUUUUGGUUGAUGAAGCACGAGAUCAUUCAAUAAAAGAGCAGAUGGCAGUUGUUCUUCGCUAUGUAGACGAUAAAGGCCAGGUAAUUGAAAGGUUUGUUGGCAUCCAACAUGUUAAAAGCACUGAUGCACGGUCCUUAAAACUUGCAAUAGACGAGUUAUUCUCCAGAAAUGGGUUGAGCAUAUCAAAUCUUCGAGGACAGGGCUAUGAUGGGGCUAGUAAUAUGCAAGUGACAAGAGUGGUUAACAUUGUUGGAGCAUCUUGUAAAUGUCGUGAUCUUCUUCGAGAGCAACAACAGAAUGAAGUUAUGGAAGCUCUUCACAAUGAUGAGCUUUUAAGUGGAAAAGGGUUGAAUCAAGAAACUACUCUCAAACGUCCUAGUGAUACACGUUGGGGUUCACAUUACGGCACCUUACUGAGUAUUAUUUCUAUGUUUUCUUCCACAAUUAAGAUGAUUGAAAUGAUUAUUGAAGAUGGAACAUAUCCUGAUCAGAGAGGGGAAGGUAAUCUUUUGUUAGCACAAGUGAAAUCGUUUGACUUCAUAUUUUGUCUAUUUUUAAUGAGACAAGUGUUAGGAGUCACGAAUGAUUUAUCACAAGCAUUACAAAAGAAUGAUCACGAUAUUGUCAAUGCUAUGGAUUUAGUCAAGGCAUGCAAGCAACAACUACAAACAAUGAGGGAAGACGAAUGUGAAUGGGAAACUUUUCUUGACAAGGUUUAUUCUUUUUGUGGCAAGCAUGGUAUCAAGAUUCCCAAUAUGGAUGAUGUCUUUGUUGCUCAAGGGAAAUCCCAACGGAGAGCUGAAAAAAUAACAAACCUUCAUCAUUAUCGAGUGGAGGUCUUUUAUACUGUGAUUGAUAGACAGCUUUCAGACUUGAAUGACCGUUUUAAUGAGGUAAACUCUGAGCUUCUUGUUUGUGUUGCAAGUUUAAGUCCAGAUAAUUUAUUCUCCGCUUUUGAUAAGCAAAAGUUACUCCGUCUUGCCAAAUUCUAUCCAAGAGAUUUUUCUGAAAGAGAUGUCUUAUCACUUGAAGACAAGCUUGAUAUUUAUCUUAAUGAAAUGCGAUCCAACAGUGAAUUUUCUCAAUUGAAAGGAAUUGGUAGUCUUGCUAAAAAAUUGGUGGAGACAGGAAAGCACAAAACACAUGUAUCAGUCUACAAGCUUCUAACUUUGGCUUUAGUUCUACCGGUUGCAACAGCUUCAGUGGAAAGAGUAUUCUCAACUAUGAACAUUGUGAAGAAUCCACUUCGUAAUAGAAUGGGAGAUCAAUGGAUGAAUGAUAGUUUGCUUGUUUACAUUGAGAAAGAUAUAUUCAAUAGCAUUGGUAAUGAUGCUAUAAUGCAGCGUUUUCAAAAUAUGAGAUCGCGCCGUGGACAAUUACCGUCUCGUUGA